UUUUUUUUUUAUAAACCCAUCGUCGGCGUGUGUGUGUGUGUGUUUUUUUCCUCUUUUUCUCUUUUUUUCCCCCCCUUCCUUCUUCCAACUUAUUUAUUGCCGAGAAACUUUCCGCUCUUGCGCGUGUGGAGUAUUUCAACGAGAGCGCCUGCGACACUUUAAACUUAAGCUGGGGAAUCUUGACUAUCACACCAUGUUUCAGCCUACACCGAAGCGGUGUUUCACUAUAGAGUCUCUGGUAGCGAAGGAUAAUCCUCUACCGGCGUCCAGGUCCGAGGAGCCCAUACGACCGGCGGCUCUGAGCUAUGCAAACUCCAGCCAGAUGAAUCCUUUCCUGAACGGCUUUCAUCCCGGCGGCAGGGGCGUCUACUCGAACCCGGACUUGGUGUUCGCCGAGGCGGUCUCGCAUCCCACAAACUCCGCGGUCCCGGUGCAUCCCGUGCCCCCGCCGCACGCUCUGGCCGCUCACCCGCUCUCCUCGUCGCACAGUCCGCACCCGCUUUUCGCCAGCCAGCAAAGGGACCCCUCAACUUUCUACCCCUGGCUAAUACAUAGAUAUAGGUACUUGGGUCACAGGUUCCAAGGUAACGAAACAAGCCCAGAGAGCUUUCUUUUGCACAAUGCGCUGGCGAGAAAGCCCAAAAGAAUCCGGACGGCGUUUUCACCCUCACAACUCCUGCGGCUCGAGCACGCCUUCGAAAAAAACCAUUACGUCGUAGGAGCCGAGCGAAAACAGCUCGCGCACAGCCUUAGCCUCACAGAAACUCAGGUAAAAGUCUGGUUCCAGAACCGGAGGACUAAGUUCAAGCGGCAGAAGUUAGAAGAGGAGGGCUCGGAGUCGCAGCAGAAGAAGAAGGGGACACAUCACAUUAACCGGUGGAGGAUCGCGACGAAACAGGCGAGCCCGGAGGAAAUCGACGUCACUUCGGACGAUUAAGAAAAAAGAAGAAGAAGAAGAAGAAAAAAGAGACUAUGACCCCCGGGGUGGUCCAGCAACGUCGUGAAGGAUGACAUGGAUGAGGAUGCUGCGCAACUAGAGAGAGCGAGCGGGAGAGAGAGAGAGAGAGAGAGAGAGAGGGACGGCGAGAGGGCAAAGCCAAUGUCACAUUUCAAAUCUUCGCAGAUCGACGGCAGCUGAGGGUGAGAGAGACCCCGCCGGUACUGCUGUCACUAUGUACCGUGGGUCUGUCAAUCCGCAUCAAA